AUGAAGCUCAGAUCACUCAUUGCAUCACGGCCUCUUUUCAUCUUUAUCCUUCUGACAAUUGGAGUGUUGCUACUUCCAUGCAUAGUGAUCCCAAGUUGGUAUAAGAUCGUUCAACAUAUGAAGGAAAAGGUUGAUUUGAAUGCUAACAUGUUUCGCUCUGGAUUGCUAUCUCAAAUUGACAAUACAGCUAGAAUGUUGCAUCCAAUAAACACUUCUGCAACAAAUUUAGCCAGAAUUUUGAGUUCAUCUCUCAAUGGAAGUGAUCUCUCGCAGUCUGACAUCCAGAAUAAGGUCGCUCCAAUGUUAUUUCAAACAUUUUCAAUAAUUCCUCAUAUAUCGCAGAUUUCUUAUAUUAGAUUGGAAGGCACUUUUUUUGCAUAUUAUCGUGACGGCAACCAGACUUUUGCAAUGUACUCUAACUCUACAGCUUCUAAUUCAAAUUCAAGUUCCCCAAAAGAGCCAAUUAAAUACACUUGCUAUAAGCAACCUGUAGAUCCAGACACAGGAACGCUAUAUGGAGAUGCCAUUGAAUCCUGGUUUAACAUUUUGGCUAAUGCAAGCUGGAUUCAAGAAGCCUUAAAAGGUACUAAUGGGUACGCCUCAUUAGGAAAUGGAUGGAACAGUGCACAGGAUCUUCUAUUUCUUAAUUCUGUUAGUAUACCUGUACAAGGGGUUAUCUCCUUAGGGUCUCCAGUAAAAGCACUGAUCGGUUUCUUCAAGGGCAUUGACCUUUAUGGCGGAAGCUUGUUCUUGGCCACACAACAUGGGGAUGUGCUUGCAGAUGGGUUACCAGACACUCAAAUGGUGGUAAUUGGAAAAUCAGUUUCGUUCAACUUAAUAGAAUCGAAUGGUGAUCAAGUAGAUAUUGGAGAUGUUUCAUGCUUUCCCAACAAUGGCGUGCUAAGACUUUCAAUUUUGAACAUUGGCGAGACAAAAUAUAGGGUUUUCUGUUCUCCACUUCAAAUUUUGGGAGUGCAAUCGGUAUAUGCAUUGGCUUUCCCAUAUAAUGGAUUUGUGAGUAACGUUCGCAGGAGCACCAAAGUUGCUCUUAUUCUAUUGAUGGUAAUGAUUGCUGCAGUCUUCAUCUCUAUUCUCAGUUUUGUAUUGUUAAUGGUUAGGGCUGCAACCAGAGAGAUACACUUGUGUUCAGCUUUGAUAAAACAAAUGGAAGCAACUCAACAAGCAGAGAGAAAGAGUAUGAACAAGAGUCUUGCCUUUGCUAGAGCUAGCCAUGAUAUUCGUGCUGCCUUAGCAGGCAUUACUGGGUUAAUAGAGAUAAGCUAUGAAGAAGUUCGUCCUGGUUCUGAAUUAGAAACAAAUUUACGUCAAAUGGAUGACUGUGCAAAGGACCUAGUAGGUUUAUUGAAUUCUAUCCUUGAUACAAGCAAGAUGGAAGCUGGAAAGCUGCAGGUUGAAUCAGAAGAAUUUGAUUUAGCCCAUCUUCUUGAAGAUGUAGUUGAUUUGUUUCAUCCUGUGGGUAUGAGAAAAGGUGUAGAUGUUGUGUUAGAUCCCUGUGAUGGAUCUGUUCUUAAAUUUUCUAAAGUAAGAGGCGAUAGGGGAAAGCUGAAACAAGUCCUCUGCAAUUUACUGAGCAAUGCUGUUAAGUUUACUUCUGAAGGGCACGUACUAGUUCGAGCAUGGGCACGGAAGCCUGGUUUAGAAAACAGGAUAUUUGCUUCCAAUCGGAAUGGUUUGUGGAAACGUCUUUUUUGCAGGUUCACUGGUAACAAGGAAGAAAAUAAUGUGGAAGCCAUGAAUUCAGUGAAGCAAAAUCCAAACUGUAUGGAAUUUGUGUUCGAGGUGGAUGACACAGGCAAAGGAAUUCCUAAAGAGAAGCAAAAAUUAGUCUUUGAAAAUUUUGUUCAAGUCAAAGAAACAGCUCUUGGGCAAGGAGGCACUGGCUUAGGACUUGGAAUUGUUCGGUCUUUGGUCCGUUUAAUGGGUGGAGAAAUAAAAAUUGUGGAUAAAGAGGACAGAGAGAGGGGAACUUGCUUCAGGUUCAAUACUUUGCUUAUUGCGUCAGCUAGGGCUCCUUCGACUGGUAAUACAAUGGGUGACAUUGAAAUGGGAUCCUACAACACACAUCAGUAUUCAGUUUCUACUCCUAGCCUUAACAUCCGUGCCUCCAGUCCUUGGCUGUCCAAAAUUGGUUCUAGUCCCAAGAUUGAAGGAUCCCAUGUUGUUCUCUUGAUUCAAACUGCUGAGCGGCGAAGAAUUUUACAUAAAUUUAUGGAGAGCUUGGGGAUAGAAGUAUCGGUUGUGAGCAAAUGGGAACGCCUUCAUUCUACAUUAGCAAAGAUAAAAUCCAAUAUGCAUGUUUCACCUUACAGCUCUUCAGGAAGAUCAGAUUUUGGUUCAAGGAGUGAAAUUGGUAGCAGCAGAUCAAAAGAUGUUCCUUUAAGUGCCUUGGAUGGGAUGGAAGAAAGGCUGCCUUCUCAUAGAAGUGGUAGCAUUUUUAGAAGUUCUGCAAGCUUUAUAUUGCUUGUGAUUGAUGCUAGUGCUGGACCAUUUCAAGAACUCUAUGGAACAGUAACUGAGUUUAGAAGAGGCCUCCGCCGAGCUUAUUGCAAGGUUGUUUGGUUAGAUAAACCAACUUUGCGUAGCAUCAACCCUGGAAGCCUUGACGAGCACAUGAUCCAUGCAGACGAUGACAUUUUGCUGAAACCGUUUCAUGGCUCUCGCUUGUAUCAGGUAAUUAAACUUCUACCAGAAUUUGGGGGUACCUUGCACCAUGGAGUUUCAUCUGUCAAACCCAAGAGAGAAUAUACAUAUCGAGGUGGAAAAGCUGUCAAAUAUCCUGGAUCAUCAUCUGCAAUACAUUCACAAAGCCGAAAAAGAUAUGCAACUCUACAAUCUUAUGGACACUCGAUUCACGACGGGGACAUGCUUGCAGAAGGCAGCUCAAGGAGGGGAAAACACAGGAAAUCAAAAAAUUAUCCAGCUAGAAGAUAUUCAGUUGGAUCCUCAGAGAUAGAAGAAGAAGAAAAAGAAGAAGAAGAAGAAGAGGAAGUAGAAGAAUUACAUGGUAACCCAAGCAGUGAUAAACCCUUGCGUGGGAUGAGAUUCUUGGUUGCUGAAGAUAAUGCAUUUUUACGCAAUGUAGCAAUGAUUAAUCUAUCGAGACUCGGCGCAUCUGUUGAGCUUUGUCAAAAUGGAGAGGAAGCUCUACAAUUAGUCCGUCUUGGUUUACAAGACCAAAGGAAACAUGAAGCUCCGUCCACUUCUCCUGAUCCCCCUUAUGAUUUUAUAUUAAUGGAUUGCGAGAUGCCAGUGAUGAAUGGGUAUGAAGCAACAAGACAGAUAAGGGAGGAGGAGAGAUCUUAUGACAUUCACAUACCCAUUGUAGCAUUAACGGCACAUACUUCAGGUGAAGAAGGGGAGAAGAUGAAGUCGGCAGGAAUGGAUCACCAUUUGCGCAAACCGCUAAGGAAGGAACCCUUGCUGAAAGCCAUUAAACACAUUCAUGACAAAUGA